AUGCUCGACAACACAACUACAGUAUCCCGCCGACGGAGUCGAUCGACAAGGGGAUGCAUUACCUGCGCACGAUCCAAGGUCAAGUGCUCAGAGGACCGGCCUUCAUGCCAGCGAUGCAGUCGCCUACAGCGUCACUGCCAUUGGCGUGGAGAUCAUGUUCCCCUCCGAGAGCGAAGGCGCGGGUUUGGCCCUGUCAAAUCCCGCCUUCAGUACAUACCUCCUCCAAUCUUGCCCUCGAAGGAAAUCUCUAAAAACACUGUCCAGCAAAGGGCCGAAAGCGACAAAAGUCCCCUAGAUUGGGGAGGGAGUCCCUCAACGACGUCGGUGACAGAAAGCGAGUCGACAAGUACGACUGAUCCGGUUCUAAAUCACGCAGCGCACUACGACGAACGCAUAGCCUUGGAUAUUAUAUUUAAUCAGAACAUAGCGGCGUCGCCUCAUGCACUGCUGAGCACUCGACACAUACCGUCCCGGUGCUCGAUUCUCCUUGGGCCCUUGGAGCAGGACGCUCUCUAUUUCUUCGAGAACGUCUUCUCAAAGUGUAGUCCCAAGACCUUUUUAUGGUCCAAGUUGGCCAUCCUGCUUCAUCAUGCCUACGACGACGCCACGGUCAUGCAUUUGCUGCUGGCGUCAUGCCUUGGCAUCGUUGCCCGGAAUCAUCCGAACCGUUCAGUGUUGGCCACGGCCAAGUCUCAUUUCACAAUGGGAACCAACAGCUUUGUCGACGGAAUGCAAGAGCCGAUUUGUAAUCAUACAAAGACUUUGAUGGCCUUUUGGCUGUUACAACUCACGUACCGUGCGAUCUGGGAUGAUAAAUGUCGUCGGGCUAUGAAGAAGCUCAGCUCCGCAGUAGCAGACUAUGUCCGCAAGCAUCGUCUUUUGGACCUCUUCGAUGCUGAGGAGUCCCCACUCCGGAAUCUCUCUAGCAGCCCAUCUUCUGAAGAGAAAUCCGCUGUUGAUUCGGUCUCUUCUCCUCUGGCUCUGCCUGCGAACAGGAGUCUUGUCGCGAGUCUCCUGCUCUUCAUAGCGUAUGAGGACCUGGACUCUGAAUCUUGCGGCAUUGGAGGCAACGUUUCUCGCCUGGUACUCUCCGGCGAUGGUGCAUCGCGCUCCCUGUUUGCCUGUUCCCGGAAUGUCCACGCUGAUUACUUCGGGUCGCUGUAUCCUUGCGAGGAGUCGAUGGAUGAUGUAGAGCGAUCAAAGCCCUUGGAGCUUCACUUUUUCGCAAACAUUUGUCUCGAUCGAUUGCAUCGGGCCCAAGCAUCCAUUAUUGACGAAGACGAGUUGAACGGCAUAGUGACUACGCUACAUCGUCUACGAGAGGAAUAUUCGGCCAUAUUCCGCUUGGCAGAAGCCCCCAAUCCAGCCGAUGCAAAGUUGAUCACAGCGUCCUACAGCAUCGUUAUCCAUUUCCAUGCUGUCCUUGUCAGUGUCCUAAUUGCCAUUGCCUCUGCUUCACCAUCCGAAUCGAUUCAACAAGAUCUUGCCGUCGCCCAAGACGAUCUCCUCCAGGUGAUUUUCCGGAUGGUUACACAGAGGCCAGAGAGACCGUUCAUGUGGCGGAACCAAUGGGCUGUCUUCAUCAUGGCGAGGCAAACAGACGACGCGGUUCAUCGGGAUUGGUUGGUACAAAAGCUUGGUAAUAGCAGCUAUGCUAUGUUGCUCAAGGAAGGCAGAGAGCGGAAUCUCGGUUUGCUGGCCUAG